AUGUCGCAUAAGCGCAAGACAGGGAACGAGAUAAAAACGAUCUAUUCCCUUCACCAGCGAUACGGCCCUGUGGUACGCCUGGGUCCCCACGAGCUCAGUGUGAACUCUAUCGAUGGCCUGCGAACCGUCUACACCGGCGGCUUUGAGAAAACCUCAUGGUACAGGGAUAUCUUUGUCAACUUUGGCACCGACAAUCUGGUCAGCACCCAGGAACACAAGCCGCAUUCCAUCCAGAAGCGCAUGCUCAGCAACGUCUACUCCAAGUCGUAUCUGCAAAACUCACCAGACCUACAGAGAGUCUCGUCUAUUAUCGUCGCAGAUCGAUUUCUACCCCUUUUGACCAAAUUAGCACAGAGCCGGGAGGCGAUCAAUGUACUCCCUUUAUUACAAGGGCUUGGCCAGGAUUUCACUUCGGCAUAUCUAUUUGGCUCGAAGUAUGGGACGGACUUUAUCCACGACGUCGCCAAGCGAGAACAUUGGCUUGACAUGUACGAGAGAUUCAAAGUUUCGCAUCCCAAGGAACGUAGUUUUGGCGAGUUUGAGCAAUGGUGUCUUGCACUAUGCGAUAAAGUCAGUUAUGAUCUGAAUGAGAAAAGAGCAAGAAACGAUCAAGAAACUCAGCCAGUGGUGUAUGCACAAUUAUAUCGCUGUCUGGAGAAUAAUCACGAGCGUUGGGAAAGAAAAAGGCUCGUACUAGCUUCGGAAAUGCUUGAUCAUCUUAUUGCUGGACAUGAAACAUCAGGAAUCACAUUCACCUACACGUUGUGGGAGUUAUCGCAACGCCCCGCCCUUCAAGCACAUCUCCGAGCGGAACUCUUAGGCCUUUCGCCGACUCUGAGAAACACAUCACCAGAGAGACAGAAAGAGAAGGAGACAGAAGGUGCACUACCAUCUGCACAGUCCUUGAAUAGUCUGCCUCUUCUAGACUCCAUAAUCCGAGAAACGCUACGGCUACAUACACCAGUUCCGGGUCCACAACCUCGUGUUGUUCCCUCCUCCUCUCAGUCGGUAACCAUUGGAGGUUAUACAAAUAUUCCAGGCGGCACAAUUGUCAGCAGCUCUGCGUUUUCUCUGCAUCGUAUAGCGGAUGUCUAUCCUAAUCCAGAUGAAUGGCUCCCCGAACGCUGGCUCAAUCCAGAUAGAGGCAAUUCUGAGGCAAUGAAACGCAUGUUCUGGGCCUUUGGUAGUGGUGGGAGGAUGUGUUUAGGGAAUAACUUGGCUCUGCAAGUGAUUAAACUUGUCGUUGCCGCAAUCUACACCAAUUUCACCACUUCCAUUGUGGAUGACGAGGGGAUUGAACAAGAGGAUAAUUAUAUUGCUCCUCCCAAAGGGCGCAAGUUGGUUCUUCAAUUUACAUCUGUAUCAAAGAGACGGCCUCGUAGUUGA